GAGCAGUUGUCCCCGCCAGCGAAUGUAGGCCGACCCGGCCCAGGGUCACUGUCAGUGUCGGUGGCCGGAAUUUCUUCCUCCUUCAUUUUAAUUUGCAACUAGAGGAGAAAAGGGAGAAAUGCUUAGUGGAUAAAAAGUUAGGAAUGGAAGCAUCCAACUGUUUCGGGAAAAAGAGAGAGCGCGAAAGAGAGAGGAUGUCUCUCUCGGACUGGCACCUGGCCGUGAAGCUGGCCGACCAGCCGCUGGCCCCCAAGUCCGUCCUGCGGCUGCCCGAGGCGGAGCAGGGCGACAGCUCUCUGGGGAGCUACAGCAUCUCCUGUCUGAAGCAGCUCAUCGCCGGCUCGCUGCAGGAGUCGGUGCCGGACCCGGAGCUGAUCGAUCUGAUCUAUUGUGGCCGCAAACUGAAGGAUGACCAGACGCUCGACUUCUACGGCAUCCAGCCCGGGUCCACCAUCCACGUCCUGCGCAAGUCAUGGCCCGAGCCCGAUCAGAAAGCCGAACCUGUGGACAAGGUGGCUGCGGUGAGGGAGUUCCGGGUGUUGCACACGGCCCUGCACAGCAGCCCGGCCUACAGAGAUGCUGUGUUUAAGAUGCUGGGAAACAAAGAGUCGCUGGAUCAGAUCAUCGUGGCCACUCCGGGCCUGAGCAGUGACCCCAUUGCCUUGGGAGUGCUACAGGAUAAAGAUCUCUUUUCAGUCUUUGCCGAUCCCAACAUGUUGGACACGUUGGUCCCCGCUCACCCUGCCCUCGUCAAUGCCAUCAUCCUGGUUCUGCACUCAGUCGCAAGCAGCACCCCUCUGCCCGGGGCAGACGCCUCUGCCCGGGGUGUGCCGUCCAGCUCCUACAGGGACAUGCCAGGUGGCUUCCUGUUUGAAGGCCUUUCUGAUGAUGAAGAGGACUUCCACCCGAGCACCCGGUCCACCCCCUCCAGCAGCACGUCUGGGUCACGCCCGGCCUCUCUCGGCUACAGCGGGGCCGCCGGGCCCCGGCCCAUCACCCAGAGCGAACUGGCCACGGCCUUGGCCCUGGCCAGUACGCCAGAGAGCAGUUCGCAUACUCCUACCCCCGGCACCCAGGGCCAUUCUUCAGGCACCUCCCCAAUGUCCACCAGCGUCCAGUCGGGGACGCCCAUCACGAAUGACCUCUUCAGUCAAGCCCUGCAGCACGCCCUGCAGGCCUCUGGCCAGCCUAAUCUCCAGGGCCAGUGGCAGCCUCAGCUGCAGCAGCUGCGAGACAUGGGCAUCCAAGACGACGAGCUGAGCCUCCGGGCGCUCCAGGCCACCGGCGGGGACAUCCAGGCCGCGCUGGAGCUCAUCUUUGCCGGAGGAGCCCCCUGAGCCCCGAGGUGAAGGAACAGCAAAGACAGCCAGCUGGUAUCCUCUCUGCCUUUUUCUUUAGCCUACGCUUGCUGCCGAAUCUUUAAUUGGACAAAAACGCUUGUCAGGUUUGGGGCGUAUUAAAUGCAUUUUCUCCCCCUGA